CUCUUCCAGGCGGUUUUCAGGGCCCUGGAAUCGUCCUAGAAUCUGAGUAUGUGCCCAUAGGUUAGUCAGCUAUGACCAUGCAGUAUUCCCAGCCUCCCCCUCCCCACGGCCAUCUGCUUCCUCUGAAUACAGCAGAUUGGCUGUACACCAGGAUGUUCCGGGAAUCCCCAGGAGAGCAACAGAAUGUGAUGGACCCACAUACGCCGCCUCAGUAACUCAUUCCAGGAUGUACAAACUGUCGCUGUCAGGACACUCCUUAUAGCUAAUUAAAAUUCUUCCAGUUACAUCUAUUUUCUAUUACCUCUGUCUAUUUUCAGUGACAUUCAAAAGGCCAAAAUAAUCCCUCUGGUACUACUGAAUUUUUUUUCCCUUAUGGUUCUCAGAUAGGAAUUUAAAAAGAACAGAGAAAAAGAAGAAAUCCUCUAGCCUUUUUUUUUCUUCCCCCAAUGUUUGUGGUGCUAAAAUGGCAAACAUGGUCCCUCUAGGACUUCAUCACUCUAUCUGUGGUACUGAGGUGGCCAAAGUGGCUUGUUUGGUAGCCCACUGCACUCUCCAUGGUACUGAAGGGGAUGGCCAUUUGUUUUAAUGUCUCUCUAGGUCCCGAGGAGUCCUGUGACUUAGAACCACAGAACUUUCCAGCUCGAAGGGAACUGUCCGUAUAGACUGGCCCAACCCGCUUUGUUUCACAGAAGAGUGAUCUAGGAGGUUAAAUGAUUUACUCCAGGUUGUAGGGCUAUUAGUGGUCGGACUCAGCCCACGGUAGCCUUGUACCCCUCAGUCCUAGUCUCACUCACCGUCAGUGAGCUGGUCCAGUGGGUCCGGCCAGGCCCUUGGUCCCAGGAGAGGGGCUGGUCCAGUGGGUCCUGCCAGGCCCUUGGUCCAGGAGAGGGGCUCAUUUGGAGGAUGCAGGGGACGAGGGCAGGUGCCCUAAUUUGGAGCUCCAGAAUUACACAUAUUAAGAGGUGGUAGAGGUCAUCUAGUGCCUUUGGGUAAGGACACUUUCUUAAUCCCCUGUUAAUCAUACUCCCAUAACCCAGAUUCACACGGAACAGCACCCUGUCCCUUCCCGGCGCUUUACCAUACCCUCUGCGUGUCAAAGUUAGAAGCCUCAAACUCUGGAGUCUUCUCUCUCUGCCGAGAGGCAGGGCUGACUCCUGGCCCAGUUCUCCUCUACUAAAGGUCCCUAAGCAAAGGAAGACUUGAGUCCUUUUCUCUCUCAGUAACCCGUUUCAGUCUCCUAAUGCCUGUUGCAAGGAAGUUCUUUAUACCUGACACAAUCUGUGCUAGGCAGAGAAAUAGGCUAGGCCCACGUCCCUGGAGCCUUGGGCAGAGACAGUACCACGUGAAGGCAAGAAGGUAGACUGGACAGUUUCUGGGCCUGCUUCCCUGAAUCUUCAUUUCUGGGGUUGCCCUGAAGUCCUAGGGCUACUCACUCACCUCGCCUGCGGCUUAGCACCCGCACCCCCACCCCCACCCCCAUCCUCUUCCUCUUCAGUGCCCUCCUUCCCCAGCCCAGAGCUCUGCACAGCCCUGGCCUGGGGAAUUUUUGCCUGGAGAAUUUUAACCCCUUCCUGCUCCGAGCAUGUGCGGAGCCCCUAUCUGUGCAGAUGGCCCGGCCCCGCCCCCCGGCCCUCACUCCAGCCUCUUGAGCUCCGAGCCAGUGUAAUCCUCCUCUUGUGUGAGGGAGCCUCUCCCCUGCCGAGAGGAGGGAAGCCUGCUUCGAACAGCCCUGGACAAAGGGGCAGAAAUGCCCCAGCAAACCCCAGGCGCCCAGCUCCUCAGCACCUGUUGCCUUCAUUAGCAGCUUUUCCUCCUCUUCCCUGCACUCCCCAGAACCAAAGAAUGUGAAGGGGGUCCAUGGAGGGCUCACGUCCCCGCGCCCCAGGCGGCCACUUAGCGCCGUCGUCACCACCAGCCUUCGAAGGCGAGCUGGAUCUGCAGCGCUACUCCAACGGGCCAGGCGUGAGCGCGGGGUCGCCCGGGAUGGGAGCGGUGGGCUGGUCUGAAAGUCGUGCGGGCGAACGGCGCUUCCCUUGCCCUGUGUGUGGAAAGCGCUUCCGCUUCAACUCCAUCCUGGCUUUGCACCUGCGGGCGCACCCAGGCGCCCAGGCCUUCCAGUGCCCGCACUGCGGUCACCGCGCGGCGCAGCGGGCUCUGUUGCGCUCGCAUCUGCGCACGCACCAGCCUGAGCGCCCACGCAGCCCCGCCGCACGCCUGCUGAUGGAAUUGGAGGAGCGCGCGCUGCUGCGCGAGGCCCGGCAGGGGAGAGCCCGCAGCUCAGGGGCCGUGCAAGCCGCUCCUACCGCUGAGGGUCUGGCGCGGCCUCAGGGCCCGUCGCCAUCCGCCUUCCGUUGCCCCUUCUGCAAAGGCAAGUUUCGCACCUCUGCGGAGCGGGAACGCCACCUGCACAUCUUGCACAGGCCCUGGAAGUGUGGCCUGUGCAGUUUUGGUUCCAGCCACGAGGAGGAGCUGCUGCACCACAGCCUGACAGCCCACGGCGCUCCCGAGCGCCCCCUGGCGGCCACCUCUGCUGCACCCCAGCCUCAACCUCCGCCCCAGCCCGAACCCAGAUCUGUGCCGGAGCCAGAGCCCGAGCCCGAACGCGAGGCCACUCCGGCUCCUGCUCCUGCUGCUCCCGAGGAGCCGCCCGCGCCUCCCGAGUUCCGCUGCCAGGUGUGCGGCCAGAGCUUUACACAGUCCUGGUUUCUCAAGGGCCACAUGCGCAAGCACAAGGCCUCAUUCGACCACGCGUGUCCCGUGUGUGGCCGCUGCUUCAAGGAGCCCUGGUUCCUUAAGAACCACAUGAAGGUGCACGCCAGCAAGCUGGGCCCUCUGCGCGCCCCGGGGCCCGGCUCGGGGCCUGCCCGCGCCCCGCAGCCUCCUGACCUGGGCCUGCUGGCCUAUGAGCCGCUGGGCCCUGCACUGCUCUUGGCCCCGGCGCCCACCCCGGCCGAACGCCGUGAGCCCCCGAGCCUCUUGGGCUACCUGAGCCUGCGCGCUGGCGAGGCCCGGCCCAACGGUGAAGGCGCUGAAGCUGGGGCCGGCCGCAGCUUCGGAGGCUUCCGCCCGCUGCCCUCUGCUCUCCCGGCCCGAGCUCGCCGGCACCGUGCGGAAGAGCAGGAAGAGGAGGAGGAGGUGGUGGAGACCGAGGAGGAGACCUGGGCCCGGGGCAGGUCGCUGGCCCCUGUGGCUUCCGUGCACCCGCGUGCGGGCGAGGGGCCCGGGCACUCCGCACCUGCUGCAGGCACGCAGGCGAGACCGACGGGCACGCAGGAGGAGAACGGGCUGUUGGUUGGAGGGACCCGGCCUGAAGGGGGCCGGGGGGCCACCGGCAAGGAUUGUCCCUUCUGCGGAAAGUCUUUCCGCUCCGCGCAUCACCUCAAGGUGCAUCUGCGAGUGCACACAGGUGAGCGCCCCUACAAGUGUCCGCACUGUGACUACGCGGGCACCCAAUCGGGCUCGCUCAAGUAUCACCUGCAGCGCCACCACCGAGAGCAGAGGAGCGGGGCAGGCCCCGGGCCACCCCCGGAGCCGCCGCCCCCUUCCCAGCGGGGUUCGGCCCCGCCAUCUGGAACCAAGCUGGCGCAGCAGCCUGCGACCUGGGUGGAGGGCGCCGCAAGUCCCCGGCCUUCGAGCGGCGCCGGGCCCGGGUCCCGUCGGAAGCCCGCCAGCCCCGGGAGGACCCUGCGCAACGGGCGGGGCGGUGAGGCCGAACCCCUGGACCUGUCCCUGCGGGCGGGGCCGGGGAGCGAGGCCGGGCCAGGGGGCGCCCUCCACCGCUGCCUCUUCUGCCCCUUUGCCACUGGAGCCGCUGAGCUCAUGGCCUUGCACCUGCAGGUGCACCAUAGCCGCCGGGCCCGCGGCCGCCGGCCGCCCCAGGCGGACGCGUCUCCACCCUAUGCCCGUGUGCCCUCAGGAGAGACCCCUCCAAGCCCCCCGCUGGAGGGGGAGGAGGGCCCCGGGCUGUCGAGGUCCGGAGAGGCAGGGCUGGGGGGACAAGAGCGGUAGGGAGCCCUCGUAGGGGUGAGUAGCGUAGUGAGCUCACCCCGCCGGAGCGGGGGAGCGCUAGAGGUAGUUGGGUAGAGCAGCCAGCAGGGGGCAGCGUGGGACCCAUAUCCCAGCCCCAGGCGGACCAGAGGUGGAGGGGCAGCGGGCGGAGGAGGGUGGGCAGGCUGAACCCAUCCAGCCCAGGGGAGUCACAGUGCCUUAGACGUGGCAGAGGUGAGGGUCAAAGAACGGGGUCCCAGGGCAGGCAGAGAAGGGCGUGUCCCUGGUGAGGCGCCGCUCUGCCGGUCUUUGCUGGUCCAUAGGCGUGAGAGUCUAUUUUUGUAUAAGGGUUGGGGGUGGGGGGCACUGUACCCUUCUAGCCCCGGCGGGGCCGUGUAGACGUUGCUAUUUUUGGUACGAUUCCUGUCAUCCCUGUCUCAGAGUCGUGUCCCCAAUAAACAGGUGUCUUGAGGCACAGA